CCAGUUCCGCCCCCUGGUGACAGUGCCGACCAGAUGCUGGCCAAGAAGAAACUCUACAUCGCCUCGGCUGUCUGCCUCGUCUUCAUGAUCGGAGAAGUCAUAGGAGGCUACCUGGCCCACAGCCUGGCCAUCAUGACGGACGCCGCCCACCUGCUGACGGACUUCGGCAGCAUGAUGGUCAGCCUGUUCUCGCUGUGGAUCUCCUCCAGACCGCCCAGCAAGACCAUGAGCUUCGGUUGGCACAGAUCAGAGAUCCUCGGGGCGUUCAUCUCAGUCGUGUCCAUCUGGAUCGUUACCGGGGCUCUGGUCUAUUUAGCCAUCGAGAGGAUCGUACGCAACGACUACGAGAUUAACGGCCAUGUAAUGUUAAUCACCUCCGGCUGUGCUGUCAUCGUCAAUAUUGUGAUGGCCUACAUCCUCCACCACUCCACCACCUUCCACGCCCACGGCAGCGGCUACCACCACAUCGACGAGGACGGUCCGAGUCCCGUCUCCCUCGGGGGCCACGGCCACAGCCACGCCCUCCUCGGGGGCCACAGCAACACCAGCGUCCGCGCCGCCUUCAUCCACGUGGUCGGGGACCUGCUGCAGAGCGUCGGCGUCAUGGUGGCGGCGAUCAUCAUCUACUUUCGGCCGGAGUACAAAGUGGCAGAUCCCAUCUGCACCUUCCUGUUCUCUGUCUUUGUCCUGUGCACCACGAUCACCAUCCUCAGGGACGUCUUCAGGAUCCUCAUGGAAGGGUCUCCUAAAGGAAUAGAGUUCAACUCGGUGAAGGAGGUGCUGCUGUCGGUGGAGGCUGUGAAGUCCAUGCACUGUCUGCACCUGUGGGCUCUGACUCUGGGCCAGGCCCUGGUCUCCGUCCACCUGGCAGUAGAGGAGGGAAGUGAUCCCCAGUCUGUUCUUCACGAGGCCACCGAGCUGCUCCAGACCAAGUUUGGCUUCCGCAGCAUCACCAUCCAGGUGGAGCUCUACUCUGAGGACAUGAGCCACUGCUCCAGCUGCCAGGACCCCAGUGACUGA